GUGGCAUUUAGGGCGGCAACCCCCAUUUCAAACAAAGAGCCGGUGCGGCACACACGCGACCCGUAAUAAAUGUAAACAGUGGCCCAACCAUGGAAGAUGCAGACCAGCAGCAGGGCAAACCGUUCAAGAUCACGGACUCCACCCGGGAGAACCGCAAAGGCGUGGUGGCCGCCAGCCUCGAGGACCUAACCUCCAAAGUCGCCGACAAGCUGAACGUCGCCGGCGAGGUGACCGUGGUCCUCGAGACCGACGGCACCGAGAUCGACGACGAGGAGUACUUCGCCACGCUCGAGCCGCACACAAGUCUUAUGGUAUUGAAGGAGGGCCAGAAGUGGAUGCCCCCGGCGCCGCCGUGCCGCCUCGCCGCCGACCAGACCGACGACGGCCGGGGCGGCGAGCUGGUGGGGCUGGUGGGCAAGCUGCGCCACAAUCUGUGCCACGUGUCGCUGUUGGGGGGCGCCGAGCUGGAGCUCCUGGCUGACAUGGACCCGGACUCGCUCGUCGACAUCACGUUUCCUGACCGGAUUUUUCUCGAGCAGCUGAAGGAGGCGUCGGGGAGGUUCUUGAGCGAGAAGCGGCAGGCGCAGGACGCGAUGGACCUGCUCAGACUCUACCAGGAGAAGGAGGCGGAGGCCGGGGAGGCCAACUGAUACGGCGUGCCCGACGAGCUGGAGAUCCCCUUCUGAUAUGGUCGCCUCUACCCCGAGUUGAAUAAGACUGAUUGCCAAUAAAUUACUGUCCUGGCAUAACCCAAUUGCUCAAUCACUGCACAGCCACGUUUACAUAAACACCAACGUUGGUCGACACAAAAUUCUAACAACGCAACAAUAGGUCUUUUCAUCACGUAAGGGCACGACUCACAAACCCUACAUAUGUAAUCGCCCCGUAUUCACGUUAUACAUACAUACAUCCGUGUUUACAGCUCUUGUUAGUGAAUUAUGCAGUUACCUUAGCUGUGAUAAAUCAAAUUCUUAGAUAGACGUGACUUUUCAAACUAGAUCCCCCGUUUCAAAUUCACUAACAAGACGAACGUCAUACAUGUUCUUUACUAUACCUAUCGAUAGGUUUUAUUAUCGGCUGAUUUCGUAUAAUCCUAUACUUGUAUACAUUUUAACAAUAAACUUAGUUGUUAAGGAUGACUCUCAUUACCCCUCCACAGAACUUCGAAUUCAAUUACAUUUAUCUGAAAAAUUCUUCCAGAAAAAUUAAUAAACUUUGAUGUACUGUUGGUUGCAUAACCAUUACAUUUUUAGGUGCUUCGUUAUUGGGUUAUCGAGGUAUCCGAUCACUUUCAUUUGAAGAAAAUGUCAUUGAAUCACC